UUCACGUUCACCUCCUCACCACGCGUCGUCGAAACGCGUCCGCGUCGAACACAACGCCAAGCCACAUGUGCCAUCUUGCUCCUUGCCCACACUCUCAUUUCCUUCCACUACAGUUUCAAUACCCACAUAGCCUACUUGAUCCCGCUGUAGACUUUCUGUUGUAUCAUCUUGUUCAUUAGUAUUUCGUCGCAUGUACUGCGUAUCACCAUGUUCUAUUCCCACGAAGUAUUAACGAACCGAAAAUAUGGCGUGGCAACAGUCUGGCUGGUUGCAACGCUCGGUAACAAGUCCAGCCUGAAGAAGAUCAACCGCAAGCAGAUUCUCGAUGUCGAUGUGACAAAAGCAUGUCGGACUGUUGUGGAUCCUGUGGCACCUAUGGCUCUACGUCUGCAGGGCAAUUUAUUGUAUGGCGUGUCGCGUGUAUAUUUGCAGCAAUGCGGUUAUGUUCUCUCCGAUGCACAGAACGUGCAGAGCCAGAUUAGGGUGUUAUUGCGGACGGUGAAGAAUGCCGGACUGGAUCCAGAGGCCGGUAAGGCGAGACCCGAGCAGCUCGUCCUCCCAGAUGACCCAUACUUCCUCCCCGGGUUCGACCUCCCUCCCCCAGAGCUACUUGCAGAGUUCGGUCUCGACUUCGGCCCCGACCAACUACACUCCGGCGACUCACAGGCACUGAUCUCCUUUGCCUCGCAACGCUCUCAAUCAUCGCAGGCUAGUGCUAUUGGCGGGUUAGUUCUACCAAGCUCCUCCUCCGGUGUGCCAGGCGACUUCCAGAUCGAGGGCGACAAUGGACCAGGCAGCGUUGGUGGCCGCAGUGGCAUGCUUGGUGCAGACAAUAUGAUGCUUGACCUGGCGGAUCCAGACUUCACAUUCGACGCGAACGGGGAGUUGGUCGACUUCCCGCCGAGGAGUGUGAUGUCUGGGACGCCUGCUAUGUCGGGAGGUGCGGCGAUGUUGAGCGAUGCUGGGGCGAGUGCGAGGGUGAGACGGGAGCAUGAGGAUGGACAACAGUUUGGCGUGCAGAUACCCGGCGACCUGAUGGAUCUCGAUUUGCCCAACUUCGCAGAUGAUCUGCCGGAUGACAGUGUCGUCCCAGCAUCCGACCAACAGCAGCACAGCGACCAACCGGAGAUCCUAGAGUCUACAUCCUCAGUCUCUGCACCCAUGCGCCGGAAGAAGCGAGCCGCACGCGUCUUGCCCUCAGACGCUGCGAUGGAAAUCCAUAACAGGGAUCUUGCCGACUGGAACCUCAACUACUUGCAGAAUAUGGAAGUGGCUUCUCGGACCAAGAAUCGGUCUCACAUCACCCAACAAGCAAAGAAGAACGCAGAAUACUAUAUGUGGGGUUCUGGAGUCGGAGGCAUCGCCCAUGGGUUCCUCGGUCCAACAGGUACUAAUCCAUUCGACCGGUUCAUCGGCGACAACUUCUUCGAGCUGUUCACUGGCAUGAGCCGGAAACCGGUCGCUGGAUCGAAGCACGAUCGUGACAGUGGUAUCGAUGAAGCAACCCAACAGGAAUCUCGACGUGUGCGUCAUAAGACCGGCGAGUCGGAAGAGCAAAUCGGUCGAGGAGCAGAAGAUGAAGGCUUCUUUAUGCCUGGGGGCGACGAGAUCGAAUUGCCCCGUGAAGCUGGCUCCGCUCUCGAUGAUCAGCACAUCUUCUCUGCCAUGCCAUGGAACAUGAGCGCUUCGAUUCGCGGUUCCUCUGCCGUUCCGCGCAGCGGACGUGGUGGUGUGAUAGGAUCUGGGCGCGGAAGUCGAUUGGUCUCUGCGUCUCCGUUGCUUGGUCGUGGUCAGCCUAUCGGACUUGACGUUCUGAGGAGUCUCGACAGCGAUGCCUUUGGUGGCGAUGAUUUCGGUCUGCUGGGACCCAGCUCAGACUACCCCGAGCCCGCACCUCCACUCCAACCAUCCGCACGUGUUCGCGAGGCGUUGUCCGCAGAGGGCGAGAACUUCCUCACUUUCGUCACUGAUGCGAUUACCGAGAAGCGCAGCCAGGCUCAAUACAUGUCCGAUGAUUUACAAGCUGCUGCCAUUGCAGAUAUCGAUGAGGUCUCGUUCGAAGAACUCCUUCCACCAACUGAGAACACCAAGAUGAUCGCCUGUCAAGGCUUCUUGAUGGUUCUCGCCCUCGGCACAAAGGGUAUGCUCGACGUUCAGCAGCCGCUCGAGUUCGGCGUAAUCAACCUGAAACUCACACAAAAGGCCAGGGCUAUGCAAGUCGUUGAAAUCAGUGACGGCGAGAGUUCGGGGGAAGAGGAUGAGUCUGAGGCCGCUGAUCCGGUUGGGCAAGAAGCACAAGGCGAUGAGGAGAUGAGUGCAGAUGGAGAGGAUGAGAGUGCACAAGAGGAUGAGUUGGAACAAGAAGAAGGCCACUUCGACGAACAGUUCGCUGCUGGCCAUGCUGCUUACGAAGACGAUGAUCGCGACUCGCUUUAUGACGACUGAACGAUUUCUUACGGUAUCUAUCGGGCGUUGUCGAUCUAAACGGAUAUACCCACCACAUGCGGCUUCAGGAUCUACGAGUUUCAUCAGGUUCUUUCCAGAACCAAGAUGUUCUGUACCGAAAUGACCGUGCUUAGCAUAAACAGCAGUGUGUCUGUUACACACAUCUUUUCUUGUCUUCCGCUAGCAUCUACUGUCAUAUUUGUUUUCCAUCGGUCAAAAAAGUUCAUGAUUUGAGCGAAUGUACCAUAAAGUCAUCAGAAGCGGGAGCUCGCA